AUGGCUCGUAUUUGCAGGAAAAUAUUUAUUGGCAGCUUACGAGCUGAUGUUUCCGAUGCUGAUCUGAAGAAUCAUUUCUCGAUGUACGGCGGGGUGGCCUCUGCAGUGGUGAAAUAUCAUCCCAAUGGCCUUUCUCGUUUGUUUGGAUUUGUUAUCUUUGAAACCCCUGAAGCUUGCCAGGCAGCUCUGGCCACUCCGUAUCAGAUUAUCAAGGGAAAACAAGCUCAAGUGAAAACGCCAUUACCACGGGAAUCUAAAGUGUAUGUUGGAAGCAUCCCUUCAGAUUGCACAGAAGCCAAAUUACUCUCUCACUUCGGGCAGUAUGGUCAUAUCAAAAAUAUUGAAUGGCCGAUGGACCGAAGUACAAGAAUUCGACGCAGUUACGCGUUUAUCGUGUUUGAGGGUCAGGAAGCGGGAAAGUUGGCUGUGGCUGAACCGAAACAGACCAUCGAUGGGCACGAGGUUUGCUGUUAUAUAUAA